GUACCUCACUACUGUUUACAUGUUUCAACGGUGGGGGGUGCGCGUUCAAGCGAAACGUAAAAACUAAGCUACCCUGUCGGAAAAAAAAAGUGAAUUUUUAAGCACUUCACCAACUUUUGUUUUCGAAAGCACACGUAUGGGAACAGUUGUCAACAAAAGAAGGCUUAACUACUCCGCGGAGUGCUCGAGCUCCCGUCGGAAGGCGGACUCCAAGUAUUCUUCCCCAUCAACGCUUAAAGAAGGAGAAAAUUCUUGAAAGUCCGCCGGAAAUGGAUUCUCCAGCGGGCAGUGUUGGUAGUGACUUGAGACGUCAGAAUGAAGAGCUUCGUGCACGUCUUGCUGGAGAGGCGGCAGAUCAUAAGCGUCGUCUCGACGCGUAUCGUCGUGCUCAGCAAGGCCAAGCUGCAUUAGUAUCGAGACUGCAAGCUAAAGUUUUGCAGUACAAGCAACGAUGUGCGGAGCUCGAAAGUCACAUGCUGGAGACACCCCGAAGCGAGGGUUAUCGCACCAGCACGGCGCUGCAGCCGGCCGCUCUUCCCGCACCGUCGCCGCCUUCCACCGAUUCGCGCAGGGAUGAACGCAUUAACGACUUGGAGACUGCUCUGCGUCGACUGGACGAGGAGAAACGCAAGUGUGAGAAGCUGGUAGCCCAGAAUAAUCUACUCCGAGAGCAACUGGAGGAGUCUCAUCAGCUAAAUGAAGCUCUGACAGGUGACUUGCAGAAACUGACCAAUGAUUGGGAGGCUCUGAGAGACGAGAUGGCAGUCAAGGAGGAUGAAUGGAAAGAUGAAGAACAGGCUUUCAAUGACUACUAUUCCAGCGAGCAUAACCGUCUGCUAAGUCUGUGGCGCGAGGUGGUGUCUGUGAAGCGUUUCUUCUCCGAACUGCAGUCCAACACGGAACGAGAUCUGUAUCGGGUCAAGAACGACUUUGAUUCAUCUGUUAGGGAGCUUGUUGGAUCAUUGAGUGGAUAUGCUAUCAAUGCAUUUGCAGCUCAAGGAAGUAAGGGCGAACCUCAAGCUUCAGUCGUGAGUUCGACCGCGCCAGACGUUGGAACAGUCGAAACGUUACGAGUGGAGCUCCGGGAGGUCGCCGCGCAGCGUGAGCACGCCCUGGCCGAGCUGCGGGAGCGGGACGCCCGGAUACAACGUUUGCUUUCUGAGCUGCAAGGAUUGGAGGAGCGGUGCGAGAGCGCGGAGGCGGCGGCGGGCGAGGCGGCCGUGUGUCGCGGCGCGCUGGAGGAGGUGGCGCGCGCGCUCAUACACGACUCCGAGCCGGACGCCAGCACCGCGCACCUGCACCUACCCGACCGUUCACAGAAACCUAGCGCGUCCCAGGCGGCGGCGGCGACGGCCUUCGCGGAGAGCACCAUAUCGGCGGUGCAGGCCGCACUGCACAAGUAUCAAAUACAAAUACACGAGUUGCAGGUGAAGUUGCAAAACACGAGAGAACAACUGCUGAGCAACAGAAAGCACUGUGAAGCCGCAGACGCGACCAUACACUCGCUGGAGACCAAAGUGCACGACUUGCAAAACAAAUUGGAUCAAUCUAACGCUGAUCUCAGCCAAGCUUUGCAAGAGAAAGAGUCACUCCAGAAGACCGUCGAGUCUCUGAGGAUCGACAAGAAUAAUCUGGAGAGGAACAGAGUGGAAAUUAACGCCAUGGUGGAGUCUCUAACGUCGGAUUACGAGAAACUUCAGAAGAUCAAUUCUCGCCUGGAGAAGACUAUUGAGGGUCUCGAGGGAGAGAAGAGAGCUUUGAACUCGGAAGUUGAUCGUUUGCACCGCGAUGCCUCGCACAGAGAUUCGGUCCUCAGGGCGGAAGAGGAACGUUCAGCUCGUCUCCGCGCGGAGCUGGUCUCCGUGCGGGAGGAACUCAACCAGGUCGCCCUGGCCAGGGACCUGCUGGACCAACAGAAGCUGGAAGCCGACGCCAUACUGUCCCAGAUGGAGAAACAUCGGAGUGACCUCGAAAUGGAAUUGGAACGGACUAUAAUGGAGAGAACUGAUCUGCAGGACCUCUCUGAGAAGAUGCAAGCCGCCAUCAGGAACUUGGAGAGUGACAAGAAGAAACUGCAGGAGGAUGUUAAAAAUUUGGAAGAUGAGAGGUCUUCGCUGUCGAGUCAGUCGUCGGAGCAGCAGAGCGACCUGAACUCUCUGCGCAAGGAGCUGCUGGCCGCCGAGCAGAACCGGAUGGAGCUGGAAGCCGACAAGUCCUCUCUGUACGAGAAGAUCAAGUUCCUAGAGGGGGAGAGGGAGAGGGUCGAACUGGAGCUACGUCAAGUCGCUAGGGAGCGCGGCGAGCUGAGCUCUCAGCUCACCUCGAUGGUCCGCAAGAAGGACACCCUCAACGAAGAGAUGAUCCGUCUCCAGCAGCGCCUAGAGCAGGCCAACGAGACCAUCGGCAGGAUCAACAGGGCUCUCGAAGAACACGUCAAGGAUGGAGAAGAGAAACAGAUGUUCAUAGACAGCUUGGAGAAAGACAAGCAUCAUCUGCAAGAGCAGCUGGCCGGCGUGAGGUCCGAGAAGGACGCGCUUGAGGCCGUGCUUUUCGACACGGCCAACAUGCUGGAAGACACCGACAACAAACGCAACAAGCUGGAGAGAGAGUUGCAGGACACUCUUGUGCAGCAGGAAAAUUAUAAAGGUCAGAUCGCCCGUCUGACUAAAGAGUUGGAAAACAGCGAGCGCAAGCUUCGGGACACGAAGAAUUCCAUGCAGCAACAGUCCGGGAAGAAGGAGGCCGAGUACCAGCAGAUCAUCACCAACAUCAACCGCACCACCGCCGAGAACAUCACUAAACUCAAGGAGGAGAAGGAACAAUUGCGUCAGACUCUCGAACAGAAAUUGAGCCAGACUAUAGCUUCGUUGACGAGCGAGAAGGAAGCUAGCGAGGCGGCCGCGCGCGAGAGAGAGAAGAAGCUGUUAGUGGGCCGCGACCAGCUCAUACUUCAGCACGACGAAGCCCUGCUCAGGGCUGAGAACGACAAGCAGCAGGCGCUGCUCAUGGCUCAUCAAGAACAGCAGGCCUUACUGGAGCGUCUCGAGGAGCUGAAGCGUGCGCUGGGCUGCGAGCAGAGCCGGCUGGAGCGCGCGCGGCGGGACGGGCAGGCGCGCGCCGACCAGGACCGCGGCUGCAUCAACCAGCUCAAGGAGGAGCAGGCGCAACUGAAGACCAAACUGGAGGAAGCAAAAGCCGCCGCGGAAGACGAAUGCGCUCGGUACGAGAAUCGAAUCAAGGAGCUGCACCUAGAGAAGGAGGCCUGCCAGCGCGAGGCCACCGAGGUGCGCGCCCAGCUCGCGCUCGUCGAGGACAAGCACGACAACGCGCACGCGCAGCUGCAGGACACGCUGCGGAAACUGAAGGAAUUGGAGAACGAAGCGGACAGUCUGCGCAAGGAGCUGACGGACGUGCGGCGCCAGCUCACGGCGUGCGGCGCCGAGCGGGACAAGUACGGCGCCAGCUGCCGCGAGCUGCGCGACCACGUCAAGCGCGCCGAGCACGAGCGCAGGGACGCCGCGCGCGCCCGCGACGACGCCUACCACAAGAUAGCCGGUUUAGAAGAAAGCCGCACGUCUCUGGAACUAGAACUGUCCAGAGUGCAGACCCUGCUGAAGGAGAGCGAGUCGGGCGGCGCGCACGUGCAGCGCUCGCUUCAAGCGGCCGAGGCGCAGCUCAAGCGCGAACGCGCGGCGCUGCAGCAGGCGCAGCAGGACCUCAAGGAGCUGCACUCCAGACUACAAAACGAGGCGGAGGAGCGCGAGCGGUGCGCCAGCGAGGCGGCGGCGGCGCGGCGGCACGGCGCCGAGCUGGAGGCCGUGCUGCAGGCCGCGCGGGCCGACCUCGCCGCCGCGCGCCAGCGGGCCGCCGAGCUGGACGAGGCCUGUCGCGCCAGGGACCAGGAAUUAGUGCUGCGUCUAGAAGACUGCCGCUCGAAGGAGCGUAGACUUGAAGAACUGAAGCACAACUUGGAAGUUUGUCUCGCCGAUGCGACGCAGCAAAUACAGGAAUUGAAGGCGCGGCUCGGCGGGUGCGAGGGCCGGUGCCGCGCGCUGGAGGCGUCCCUGAGCCAGUGCGAGGGCGGCAGGCGCGAGGCCGAGUCCAAGCUGUCGUCGGUGGUGCACAGCUUGCGGCGCGUGUGCGGCGUGCAGCCCGACGGCUCGCUGCAGCCCGCCGCGCGCCGCCGCCUCGCCAGCCCCGCGCGCCGCUACAGCCCGCACCGAGGUCGUGACCAUUCCGAGGAUCGUAACGAGAUAAUCGACGUCGACCCGGAGUUGAUCAAGAAGGGCGUCAGGAACCUGAUGCACGAUGUCUGUCAAAUCGAGAGGGAGAAGGACGACUACAAGUCCCAAGUGACCGUGCUCAAGAAGCAGUUGAAGGAGGCGACGGAGCAGCAGGGCAAGGGCGAGGGCAAGCUGCAGACGGCGGCCGCCAGCCUGCGCGCGCUGCAGGACGAGCGGGCGCGCCUGCACGCCGCCUGCGGGAACAAGGACGCGCAGCUGCUCGCGCUGAACGAAUCGAUACAGUCGAAGACGGUCGAGAUAAGCAGCUUGAGGGACAAGAUAACCAGUUUAGAAGCAGCUCUAAGCUCCGUCACCGAAGAGAAAGUACAGGCGGAGAAUAAAGCGGAAAGUCUGCGCGCGCAGCUGGCCGAGCGCGCACACGAAGCCGCCCAGCUGCGGGAGGCGCUGACGGCUGCCGAAGGUCGCGCGGCCCGCCUGGACGUGCGGCGCGCGCAGCUCGAGGGAGACGUGCAGCGCGCCGCCGUCGCCGCCAGGGACAGGGACCAGGCCCUCAAGAAACUGCAAGAGCGCUGCGAGGGCUACACGCGCACGAUAGCGCAGCUGGAGGACCGCUGCACGUCGCUGAAGGGCACGGUGGAGCAGCUGUCGGCAGCGCUGCAGCGGGCCGCCACCGCUGAGGGCGAGCUGCGCGCCGAGCUGGCCAAGCUGCAGCGGCAGCUCGGCGAGGCGCGCGCGCAGGGACAGAGCGCCGCCGAGAAACUCAGGCACAUACAGAAGAAUAUCACGAGUUGCGAGAACGAGCGGCGCGUGCUCACUGAGAAACUGGAGAGUGCCAAAUCGGCUCUCGGCGAGUUAAAGCGGCAGAACUCGACGCUGGAAGACCAGGUCCACAGACUCACCAAUCAGCUGGCAAACGUAGAAGUGCAACGAUCUGGCCUAGAAUCCCAACUGCGCAUGACGACCUGGGACGGCAAGGAGUCCAACGACGGCGAGCUGGAGCGCGAGCUUCACGAGCUGCAGCGAGAGCGCUCCGAGCUCAAAGCGAAGAACGACGCCCUCCAGGACACGCUGAGGAAGCUGGAGGCGGACCGGAGGAUGACCAGGCCCUCCGUGUUGAGGACCAAGAGCCACGACCGGACCGAGAAGAGCGUGUACUACUCGGAUUUGGAUUCAGGGCCAGAUUCGACUAAGGACUCGUCGUCGCACUGCUACAAGGACAAGGAGGUGCCCUGCAGGGACAAGGGACUCUCCACCGAGCUGAGUCUGCUCGAGCUGGAGAACAGAGAGCUGAGGAUGAAGAUACGACGCCUCGAGAAGGAACUUGCUGAUAAGGAGUCGGAGCUGGCGGUGGCCCGCAGCCGCUACCUGGGCGAGCUAUCCGCUUCAGGCCCGGAGUGCCGCGACGACGCGGAGCAGUACCGCCGCGCCGCGCUGCAGGCUGAGCGGCUGCUGGAGGCGCGCGAGGCCAGCCACCGCCAGCAGAUGCUGCGUCUCGAGAACCAGGCGGCGCAGCUCCGGGCGCAGCUGUCGGCGGAGAUCCGGCGGCGCCAGGCGUACGUGUCGCGCAGCGGGCGCGCCGCCCGGGACGUGCAGCGCCUGCGGGCCGCGCUCGGGGACUCGCUGAGGACGGUGUCGCAGGAUCCGGCCCUGGACUCUUACACAUUGGAACAUGAAGCCAGAAAGUUGGACAGCACCCUGGCUCACAGUCUACCGCCGCUCACCGACAGCUACGACUCAUCAAAAUAAAUACAACCUCAGAUUUGAAUCGCCGAAGAAAACUUAACAAGGGCUUAAGAGCUACCAUAGUGUAGCCGUAUGGCGUAACAGUAAAUCUGUUGUCCAGAACUAACAUAGUAAACGUGUCGCUAAAAUUUGUGGCGUAACAGAUUUAGUUCAGAACUACCAUAGUAAACGUGUCGCCAAAAUUUGUGGCGUAACAGAUUUAGUUCAGAACUACCACAGUAAACGUGUCGCCAAAAUUUGUGGCGUAACAGAUUUAGUUCAGAACUACCACAGUAAACGUGUCGCCAGAAUUUGUGGCGUAACAGAUUUAGUACAGAACUACCAUAGUUAAAGUGUCGCCAGAUUUUGUGGCGUAACAAAUUUAGUACAGAAUUGCCAUAGUAAAAGUGUCGCCAGCAUUUGUGGCGUAACAGAUUACAUAUAAAUUAGUGUUCAGAUAUUAAGAGAUGAUAAUUUUUAAACAACGAUUAUUCAAUAUAUUGAAGAAAUCUUGAAUGUGUUCAUUGUUGGCAUUACAACGCCAUCAAUUUAUUUCGGAUUAAGGUAGUGGUGUUUCUAAAUGUUCACGAGUACUCACGUUUAGUAUUAAAUGCACUGUUUAGUGCUACAUGUGGUCUGGCGUGGUACAUUAUAGCACGAGGUAAAUAUGUGACAAGUAUAGUGUUGCUUGGAACUCUGACUCAAAUAUUGUGUGGAUUGUUAUAUUUUGUUAUAUUAUAGUUUUGUUUGGCCUUAAACUUGUAUUAACUGCUGUUUAUAGAUUGUUUAGUAUCUGUGAAAGUGCGUAAAUGCGGGAAAAUUAAACAGUCGCUUCAUGUAAAAACUGAGACCUUAGAACUCAUGUCUCAAGGUAGGUGGCGGCAUUUACUUUGUAGAUGUCUAUGGGCUCCGGUAACCACGUAGCAUUAGGUGGGUCGCGAGCUUAUUCACCCAAAUAAGCAAUAAAAAAAAAAAAGUGUGUGUGUCCGCUCCGACGCACGACUGGAGUUUACUGGAUAUAAAAAAUUAAACGAAACAAUACGAGAAAUAGUUCUAUAUUACGACAACACGAUACACUACAGAUUAUUAACAAAUUAACGAGACACAAAACAAACGACUAACAAAUAUAUGAAAAUACAAUAAUGAGAGAAACGCGCGAUCAGUACGAGGCUUUGUGGCGGACUGCCGGCGCAGCAGCCCGGCGUCACCUGCGAUAACGCGGCCGCGCGUUGGCUCCUGAUUGGCGCGCGCACGCAUCACGCAAUCAGGAGCCAAUCAGGCGCAUAACGCAUUUCGUGUGACAUGCUAGUACGAUUUUGAUUGGCGCGCGCACGCAUCACGCAAUCAGGAGCCAAUCAGGCGCAUAACGCAUUUCGUGUGACAUGCUAGUACGAUUUUGAUUGGCGCGCGCACGCAUCACGCAAUCAGGAGCCAAUCAGGCGCAUAACGCAUUUCGUGUGACAUGCUAGUACGAUUUUGGUCCCCAUAAUUUUCAUACCCCGGGCCUAUAUAUGUAAAUCGAUUCUAAAGGAGUAAACUCCAAAAAGUGGCAUCUCGAGUUCUACCAAAAAGUCCACUAAAUUCUCUAAGCAAUAAGCUGUAUAGAGAUUAUAUUUCAUCCCGUUUUAUCUCGAUUCAUUUAAUUUCAUCUCAAUUGAUUAGAAGUCUCAGAUAAAACAACUCCACCUUAUUUUAUCCGUAUCAAUGUUCACUGCAUAUUAUUUUUCAUAUAACAAAAUAUACAAAGUAUUAGGCUGUAUGGUUUGUGAUACCUUCGUCUUUCCUGUUGCUACUACUAAUAAUACUACUCUCUUAUUGACACAAUGAACGCGCCACGAUGCCACCGCAGCUUGAUAGUUUAUGCAUCUAUUAGAAACACUAAACUAGAUUGCAGUUCGGUAAUUAAACAUUAGAUUUAAAUAAUAAUAUGUACAAUCAAUGUUUAAUUUGGGACAAUAUUGGUUUUCAAGUAUAGUCAUUUUUAGAAGACGUCGUGACCUAAAGGAUAAAAUAUUCGGUGCAUUCGUAUCAAGCUUCUCGUACGUUGUAAACCAAUGGUAGGCAACGGCUUGGCUCUGCCCCUGGCAUUGCUGACGUCCAUGGGCGACGGUAACCACUCACCAUUAGGUGGGCCAUAUUCUCGUCUGCUUAUACGGUAUUAUAAAAAGGAAAACCUGUACUCUACAAACGCACUGCUGCUUUACGUUAAAAAUAAAGCAAGAAUGUGCUACAGCUCAAUACUAAGAUGCAAUUCUCGCGGAGUCUUACUUGAUUCAUUCAAAAUAUAUACUGUGUUUAGUGAGAGUUUUAACGUUUUCGAUAACGUAAAAGUUAACAUAAAUUUGUAUGGGGUUAGAACGUUUGCCUACGUUUGCCGCUAGGGGCGCUGUUCCAACUGCAUACAAAUUUGAGUUGACUUUUACGCUAUCGAGAUCGUUAAAAAACUCGCACUAAGCACACUAUUAUUCGCAUCCUAUACGUGUUUUUUUACGUUUUCUACGUUGCAAUUAAGUUAUUGUCCCGAUGAAAAUGUUUUAAUUGUAUAAUAAUACGUCAAGGGAAUUAAUUAUACGUAGCAAUUAAAGGUAGUUGUUAAUUUAAAAUGAGUAAUCGCCCGUUGCGUUCAUGUUUUCCAAGAAGUAAUUUUUUUUAUUUGGCAUUUACGCAAUUAAUAAUUAAUUACGAAAAUUUUCCUAAUUUAUACCAGACGAUACGUUAUGUGCGCUGUUUUUAUUUUUAUUUGUAAUAUAUCAGUAAUUGCGCUAUUCUUGCUUAUGAUUCAGGCCUAGUCUACGAAGAAGUUUGAGGGAUAUCUCUGUUAAAAACAUCACCCCCAGAUUUAUGUUAUAUUUUUUCCGUUAGGGAAAUUUAUGAUUGAAAAAUACAGAUUAGGUCGUUUCCAUUAAAUGUAUUAUUUGAGAAUUGACUAAAUAUUAAAUGCGCAGCGUGCACUUGAGGUGCUCCUAUUAAGGAAUUUUUUUUUUAAUCUCACGGAGAGAAACGCGAGGGCGCGGGAGCCAUACGACUUUAUCGUUGUUUGCAUAAACACUUUCUUUAUGCUAUAUUAAAAAAAAAACUAUAUCUAUACUUCUAUACUAAUAUUAUAAAGAGGAAAGAUUUGUUUGUAUUGAAUAGGCUCCGAAACUACUGAACCGAUUUGAAUUUGAAUUCUUUCUCUGUUUGAAGCUACACGAUUCCCGAGUGACAUAGGCUAUAAUCUUUUUUGAAAAAAAUUAAGGAUCCUCUACUAAAACUCCAAUAAUGUAACCCAAGGUGUAAAAAAUUACCUAAAAUAUUCUUCACAACGCGUGCCUUGCGAAAGCUAUUGACGAUCGAAUAAAACAAUGUAUUACAACUUUGUAGAACACAUCAUUAUUUACAAAAAGUGUCGCGACAGCAUAAUAAUAUGUCUAACUAUUAUAGUUAUGCCAAAAUAAGAGUUCUUUUAUUUUUUUAAAUAAAACAACGUCAAAUAUUGUUGAAAUUUUUGUUAAAGACCCGAGCGGAGCCGGAGCGGGCCGCUAGUUUAUAAUAAAAAAGGAGUAGGUACUCAAAGGUAGACAGCGGCUUGGCUGUGACACCUCACUUUGCUGACGUCCAUAAGCGACGUUGACUCACCGUCAGCCGGGGCUAUGCUCAUUUGACUACAAGGGCAAUAAAAGAAAAGUUUCGGGGUAACGUGAAUGCUAACUAUCCGGCAUUGUCGAGUCUAUUCACCAUCAAGCGGACAAAAGACUCGUCUGAUAAUCUUAAAAAAAAAAACAUAUUUUUAUGAAGUCUAUAGUUGGAAAAAAAAAUACACUUCUGUGUGCUUAGUGCGAGUUUCUUAACGUUCUCGAUAGCGUAAAAGUUAGCUCAUGUUUGUAUGGAAUGGGAUCGUUUGCGUACGUUUGCCGCUAGGGGCGCUGUACCGACUGCAUACAAAAUUGGGUUAACUUUUACGCUAUCGAGAGCGUUAAGAAACUCGCACUAAGCACACGGAUCCAAAAAGGCAUUAUACUCUUUGAAAUCGAUUGCAGUUUACGCGGUCGGGAGUUGUUUCAGCGAUCUGUAGGUGUUUUUUUUUUAUGAAUUUUGGGAUUUAUUUUGAAAUUUGAGGAAAAAUCGGUAAUUUAAUGCGGUUUUCCCGUUCGGGCCACUUUGCGCACUCAGAGCUGAUACAGCACUAACAAUAGUGACUUCAAACUACAUCAUCAAUGAUUCGUUUAAUAUACCGCAAGCAAACAAUUCUAUACACACGUAUUAAUUGGCAAAAUAACUCUAUACAUACGUAUUGAGUUAUGUAUGUGGCAAAGCGUAAUUCAUUUUUCGAUUGGCUUUUCCUGUGACGUCACUGACUGUUUAAUAAUAACUCAUCAUAAUGAGCUGCAUUUUAUAGUUUUUUUCGCUAUCCUUUGUGUAAUUUCUGACGUGUUGAGAAUUCGCAUGGUUUUUUUUUUAUUGCCCUUGUAGACGAGCAUACGACCCACCUGAUGGUGAGUGGUUACCGUCGCCCAUGGACUUCAGCAAUGCCAGGGGCAGAGCCAAGCCGCUGCCUACCGCUAAAUACUCUCCACAAGCCUCGUUUGAAGAAGGACAUGUCAUAGCGCUCGGGAAACACCGUGGAGGGGAGCUCAUUCCAAAGCCGGAUGGUACGUCAAGGUCCUUUCCUUCGAGUAUGUGAGUCGUUCUAUGGUGAGCGAUUACAGUCGCCCAUAGGCAUCAACAAUCUUAGGUGCAAAGCAAAUCCGAUGUUUACCGCUCAGCAGUCUUGUCAAACUGCAUUUGACAAACCGUGCUCGGGAAGCAAUGUCUAGAAACAGUUCAUCCUAGAACCUGACAGCGUUUAGUAUCUUCUUUGGUUUAAUCUCGCCUUUAUUAUUGUCAAAUCGCCCUCAAAAGUGGAAGGGUUUUUUUUUGUAGCUUAAAUGUGUGGACGAACUCACGGUUCACCUGGUGUUAAGUGAUAACCGGAGCUAAUAAGACAUCUACAACGUAAAUGCCGUCAUCCACCUCGAGCCACGAGUUGUAAGGUUUCAGUUUUAACAGUACAACGGCUGCCCCGCCCUUCAAACCGAAACGCAUUACUGCUUCACGGCAGAAAUAGGCAGGGUGGUGGUACCUACCCGUGCGGACUCAUAAGACGUUCUACCUCCAGUCAAAUUGGUUUAAGCGGCAUUUCGCUCAAUACGCGACAUUCAUCUUUGUAAUUGAAGGUGCGUUUUAUUUGACAUUAGCAUCGACAGUCCGAUGUUUUUAAUUGAACUUCAAUUGAGAACUCCAUUGAACUAGCUAAAGAAGCUUUUUAUAUUAUUAUUUUUUUAAAUUUUAAAUUCUAAAUGGCUCUCCUGUAAAGUUGAAAAAUGUCGCUUAUACCAAAUGGCCUUUCACACCUCUAUUUAAAUUAUGUCCGUUGUUUCGAAUACUGUAGUUUCCGUGCUCGCAGAAGACCAAAGUGUUUACUUACCAGUACUUUAAAAUAUUAUGCUAACUGCCUUUUAACUUUUUUAUAAAAAAUAAAAUAGAUUAAAUUAUAGAAAACUAGCUGUACCCGUCCGCUUCGCUGGGCAUUUAAAAUUAACAUUAACAUUUCUCUCAUUAACGCCCCCGCAACUGGUAUAGAGAGUCCAACACACAUAUAAAUAUUAGCCUAUCCAUUAAGUACAUGUAUUUUCUACAUGGAUACCAAGUUUCAAGUCAAUCGGAUGCAUGGUUCAGUAGUUAUAACGGAGCAUCCGUAAAAACCACUGUAGAUUUAUAUAUUAUUAAGUUUAAGUAUAGAUGAGACGAAUAGGGUGCCUGUCAAAAAAGUUCCUUGGACUUUGAGGAAUGCAUUAGUGCGAUCGUACCACUCAUAAAAAGGACUGGAAUAUCUCAAAUAUGUCAUUUCUGCUUCAUUAUCGCAUACGUGCCUUUACUGCUUCUAUUAUUAUCUCGAAUAUUUCAUCUCAUGCUUAAUCGUGUUUCGAAUUGAAGAGCACUAUAAUCAUAAUUAUAGUGCCAUCAAAUUACUUUAUAUGUAAGUAGCAGAUCGGUUCGAAGUCUUGCCUCAAAAGUAUGCUGCCUGGAAAUUCCUAUGAACGUCCAACCAACACCUAUAAACAAAAUCUUUCUCAAACAAGUGAACAAAAAAUCGAAUUCCUAAACAAUAAUCUUAAAUUGAUUUUUUUGUAUUUUUGUAUUAGUAAAUAAUGAAUGAUAUAUUUAUUCAGUUAAUCAAUCCCAUAUAUUACACGCUUACUGAUAAUAAUUAUAUUAAUAUCGUGAAUUUUAUAAAACUUUAUUAGCACGUAAAAUGAGCACAAUUUAGGGAAGUCAGCGUGUAAAAUGACUAUUACAUCAUUGUAAUAAUAAAUGAACGUAUGUAUUUGAUAAAUUAUUUCAUAUUGACCAACGGUUAAAUAACAAAAAUUAACAAAAUUAUUGAAACGAACAAAAAUAGUCUUUAAGACCCGAAGCUUAAGGCCCAUGCUCAAUUCAAAGUUUCAACAUGUGACCUUUUUAGUUCUAUAUACAAGUAAUCAGCUAUGAAUCAUUGUGUACUGUUUAGAGAUUUGUAGAAUUAAAGCUAAUUCGUCACAAGAAUACCUGUUUGAUAACACGCAUGACUCAAUCAUCUGGACAUUGGAGGACACCAUUAUUGGCAAACAAAUCGUAUCUGUACGUAGGGAUUUUGUUUAAAUCAUCCGUCUUCUUCUUGUUCGCUGUAGUUUUAGAAGCCGUGAGCAGGAUAUAAUGAUAGUGGAGUGCAGAGUGCGGUGGAUAGAUAAGGUGUUGAGGUUGAACGCGCCGGAAGUACAGUCCGAGGCGAUUUUUAUGCUAAUGUUCUAGUUAAUUUUUGGCGCAAUGCUCACGAGUGAAAAUGAAUAUAAACUAUUUUUCGAAUAGUCUCGAAUUAUUUUGAAUGAAAAAUGUUAUAAACCAGUUAUCUUCGUUCACACUUGUUUACUUACUAUAAAACCAUUUUUCAAUUAACGAAUUAGGUUAAUUGGAUCAGGUUUUCUUUUUUUUUAAAACAAUGACGUAAUUCAUAAUUUUGCGUCCCAAAUAAAAACGAGUUGUUGUAACGAAAUGUGAUUUAAAUAAGUUUACAUUACCAAAAAAGUACAUGGGAAAAUAUCGUAACUGCCCACAUUAACAGCCCGUUUACCGCCCACUUUUCGAAGAAUGUUCUAGUCGUUAUGUAAUCCAAUUCAUUUUAAUUGAAAAUAAAAGAGUUCUUACAAUUCGCAAAAUUAUUCGCGACCAGCUUAUACGUGAAUAACGACAUUAUUAAUCGUGUUUGUUAUUCAAAUUAUUCAAGUUCAACUAUUCUAUUGUAAUUUUAGAGAUGUAUUCGUAAGUAAUUACCAUGAAAACAAUUCCGUCCAAUUGGGUUUUAAAAAUUAAAUUUUAAUCAUAUUUCCGCCUCGAAUUACUUAUGAAUCUUAAAAUUGUAGUCUUAAAAACACAAAUUUUUGGAUUAAAACUUUAGUAGUGAACGAAAUAGAAUUUAAAAAAAAUUAAGAUAAUUUUUACACGUUCCAAGUCGUAGAUAUCGGAUUGUCGAUGCACUGGUUUCCACAAAAUCAUAUCGCACUCGAAGGAAUUUACACUUAUCGCUAUGUAUUUUUACGUACCUACAGUUAUCAUAAAGCAAAUUUCAUAUUAUAGAAAACGUAUAGGUAAUCUGGUUUCGGAUAUAGUUAGUUGUAUUGAAUCACAAUUUGACCCCGCUGCGUAGAUAAGCAAGCUAGACGUUGCCUAACAUCCUGAUAAAAGCGAAUUGUUUUUAUGCAGCGUACUUAUACUGCAUUGUUAUGCAAGUUUUACUCUGCAUUCCAUUUCAAAACGAAAUCGGGAAUUCGAAAAACUUGUAAUAAAACGCUCUUAUGAAUGUGAUCAAUAAAGAACGUAUUGCGUGGGAAGUCUAUAUAGAUCCAGAGCAUUCAAAUUGUGACCUUUACAUUCACGGCUUUUCAAACCCACCAUAUUGCAAAUUAAGUUUAAUUUAGCUUCAUAGUUCAUCCCAUGGUGUGCUCGAUCUAUGCGUUAGAUCUUGUUACACAAUAUGGGGUGUGCCAGUGGUGAAUUAAUAUAAUACUUAUUUUAUCUAACUAGCUAGAUUGCUUGAUUAUCAUAGUUCUGUCGUACUUUGUUAGAAUUACGUUAAUAUGUAGGACUGUGUCAAUUCUUAUGUUACUAGAAUGUCGACAUACGACCGCCACGUCUCACUGCGUUUAUAUUUAAUAUUAUUGUGUGUUCUAUAACGUGUAAGCAACACUUUUUAUGUAUCUUUUUUACACUGAAAUAAAAUAGUAGCA